CCGCUACUGUCCCCAGCACGCGCUUGACAGACUUACAUGUGCUUUGUGACGACCUUGUUUCUUAUCGCAAUACCAUUACUUAUCUCUUACACUGCAUCGCGCUGAGAGCCGCAAUAGAAAGUGUGGGUAAAGGGCGCACGGGUCGCGCUCCACCUCCUAGCUAACGUUUUGUGAACGUCAUUGCGAUCUUCGAUUUUCAACUGCGCUACUUUGCACGCACGACCAUCAUGGACAGCUCUCGCCGACGAGUACUAUACCAACUCAACAGUCGCUGGAUUUACGGAAAGAUUCCUCUACUCCACGCCGCCGUAUUCCUCCUACAAAUGGCUGCCGUAUCGCUCCUGGCGCGAAAGUACAAUAGCUACUAUUCGCAACGACCAGUCCUUACCACAAUGAUCACCAACGCUGUGCUGGGUGGCAUCGCAGAUACCGUAGCCCAAACACUGACCGCUGUUCGCGAACGCGCCGUCCGCAAAAAGGGCGGCCCGGACAAGGACGACUUCCUUGCCAUUGAAAUUCAUGACCUCGAUAGGCGCAACCCCUUCUCCGACCACGAUCUCAUUCCCGACUCCAAGAAACUACCUCCACCCUUUGACUUCGAGCGCACAACACGCUUCAUGUCCUACGGUUUCCUUAUGUCACCUCUCCAACAUCGAUGGUUCCGAUUCCUGUCGUCCACCUUCCCGGUUACAAAGACAGCGACAUGGUUGCCGGCGCUGAAGAGGGUAGCGUUCGAUCAGUUCCUGUUUGCGCCAGCGGGUCUGGCCGCCUUCUUCACGUUCAUGACAGUUGCGGAGGGAGGCGGGAAGAGGGCCGUGCAGAGGAAAUUCCAGGAUGUUUAUGUUCCUGCGCUGAAGGCCAAUUUCAUGGUCUGGCCGAUGGUGCAGAUUAUCAACUUCCGGGUUAUGCCUAUUCAGUACCAGAUUGUAGGUUCCUGAGCGGCUCAUUUUAGGUUCUUAAGUACUGACAGUUUUGCCAGCCCUUUGUCUCGACCGUUGGUAUUGCCUGGACAGCAUACCUCUCCCUCACGAACUCCGCCGAAGAAGCCUAGAUUCACCUCGUAGAACGGUAUCCCUUACAUAUCCCAUGUCUUGCUUUUGGUCUUCUUGUGCAGCGCUUUAGCAUAGUUGGCUCUGGAAGUUGGCGUUCGGGCAUCGUCACGGCAUUGGGUUAGUCAACAUGGUUUGGAGGUCGUUCUCGUCUUUGCCGGUAUCUCUCGUUUGUUUCGAUCGCAUGCU